CGUGCAAAAAGCACAACAUGAUCAAAAACCCAAUGGCUGCUAUGAAUCGUCUUAUAAAUGUUCCCAAAUAUCUUUGGCUUCCUGGGGGCCAAUCCUUACGGAGGACUCUGGCUACUGCAUCUGCACUUAAUGAUGUUGUGAUUGUGAGUGCAGUAAGGACCCCCAUUGGAUCGUUCAGGGGCACCUUGGCUAGUGUCCCAGCAACCAGACUUGGUGCCAUAGCAAUCCAAGAAGCCAUCCACAAAGCAGGAAUCCCUACUGAAGAAGUCAAGGAGGUGUACAUGGGGAAUGUGAUCCAGGCAGGAGAAGGCCAAGCACCAGCGAGACAGGCUGCCCUAGGAGCUGGUCUUCCUCUCAGCACACCUUGUACCACCAUCAACAAAGUCUGUGCCUCCGGAAUGAAAGCAGUCAUGAUGGCAGCUCAGAGUCUCAUGUGUGGUCACCAGGAUGUGAUGGUUGCUGGUGGUAUGGAAAGUAUGUCCAACGUUCCAUUCCUCAUGCCAAGAUCCGAACCCGCCUAUGGAGGUCACCGCCUUGAGGAUGCAAUUGUCAAGGAUGGCUUAAGUGACGUGUACAACAAGAUCCACAUGGGAAACUGCGGGGAAGACACGGCUAAGAAACUGGAUAUCUCCCGGGCCCAGCAAGAUGAAUUCGCUCUGGGAUCUUACAAGAAAAGCCAAGCAGCUGGAGCAGCUGGCGUCUUCCAAAAGGAGAUUGUCCCCGUCAAUGUACCACAAAGGAGAGGGAAGCCGGACAUUGUAGUGGCAGAGGACGAGGAGUACCAUAGAGUCAACUUUGACAAGAUUACGUCACUCAAGACUGUCUUUGAAAAAGAUGGCACAAUAACAGCUGGGAAUGCAAGUACCUUGAAUGACGGAGCAGCAGCUAUGCUUCUAAUGACAUCACAGGCUGCUGACAGACUAGGAGUCAAACCACUCGCAAGAAUUCUAGGUUUUGCCGAUGCAGCCGUAGCCCCCAUUGAGUUUCCUAUUGCACCGGCAUAUGCCAUGCCAAAGGUCUUAGAGCAAACGGGAGUGAAGCUUGAGGACAUAUCAAUGUUCGAAGUGAAUGAAGCAUUCAGCGUUGUGGUAUUGGCCAACAUUAAGCUCCUUGGGCUCGAUCCAAGUAAAGUCAACGUCAACGGUGGAGCAGUCAGCAUUGGACAUCCCAUAGGAAUGUCAGGGGCAAGAAUCACAGGACACAUGGUACAUAAUCUGCAAUCUGGCGAGAAGGGUCUGGCGGGAAUCUGUAAUGGCGGCGGUGGGGCCUCGGCAAUUCUUAUCGAGAAACUCUAAACUCUUCAGUAACUUAGAGAAGGCUCACUUUUCCUUUGUUUUUUUCACACCGAACUUAUCAACAAAUAUUUAUUGACAUAUUUUAUGGAGAUAUUGUUUUAUAUUAUUUUACCCAUAUGCACAGAUGUGUGUGAGCAUUCUAUACUCAGUUCUGUGAAAAUAAAUAAAUAAAUAAAUAUCUUUAUCGCCGAUGCAAAUUUAACAUCUAUUGUCUUAUAUUGUAUUCAAGAGGGUUUUAAAAAUGGUUCUAGGCAUUGUUAAGUGUUCUUUCGAGUCCACUUUGUAAAACAUGUUGGCUCUGAGAAUUGACUGACAGGAGACUGAAUGAAGAUGAGAGUAGUAUUCUGCCUUUAAGGCACGGGACACUAUUGGUAGUUACUCAAACUAAGUAAGCCCGGUUCAUACUUCCUGCGAAUGCGAAUGCGAAGCGAAUGUUGACGUCACAAAAAUCGCAUAUUCGCAGCAGUUCGGCUCCGGGCAACUCACUUGCGAAUAUCGCUGCGAAAGGAUAGUUGUGACGUCAAAUUCGCUUCGCAUUCGCAUGAAGUAUGAAC